AUGUCCUCUCCGAUUCACACGUUCAUGCCAAGAAUAGAAAAGAAAGGAGACACCGGAGUUACGAGUUCGCCAAUUGCUCUUCAGUCCUCACAUAAUCCAACUCAAUCUCUUCCUUCUGUAUGCAAUCUCUUUCCCAAAGCCUUUCCUAAUGACUACAAAAGCAUCGAAAUCCUCGCCGGAGACGGCAACUCUCCCGGCUCCAUUCGCUUCAUUACUUACGGCCCAAGCUCGGAGCUGGUGAAGACAUCGAAGGAGAAGAUAGAGUCCGUGGAUUUGGAGAAGAGAAGCUUCACGUACAGCAUCAUGGACGGUGACAUGUUGAAAUACUACAAGAGCUUCACGGGCACGAUCACUGUCACUCCUAAAGACGGAGGCAGCCUCGUGAAGUGGUCGGGCGAGUUCGUGAAGACAGGACACGAGAUCGAAGACCCGCAUGUCAUCAAGGAUUUCGCGGUCAAGAACUUCAAGGAGAUUGAUGAGCAUCUUCUCAAGCAAUAGAGCUCUCAAAACCUUUUUAGGAGCCUCGAAAUUGCAACUAUCUUUAUAAGGGGUUCGUCUUAAAGCCGGUCUAUAAAACGUUAAAUAAAGUCGAAUCCGUGCGAAUUAUAUCAAGU